CCCUCCUUCUUCCCAAGCACCGGAAGAAGAGUCGGCGAGAAUUCGCACGCCAUGAUCUCUCCAAUAUCGGACCGUUAAUUUGAGAAGUGGGUUCAGUCAGUCACCGGCUCUUGAUCGGAAACCAUGGCCAACAACUUCAAGGAAGAGCCCAAGACCGCACCACAGCCGGAUCGCUGGUACGAUCUCUCCCUCGGUUCUUCAUUCAAAGAAGACGCUUCCAACAAGUACUGUGCUUUGCGAUAUGAAUUCAAGCCGGCCUCCAUUGACAAGUCGAAGCCUGGCGCUUUGCGCAAGAACAAAGGGAACAGGGUCUCUCUGGAGUUUCAGAGCAACCAAUCGGUGAAAUCCAAAGUGCAUUUCGAAGGCAGCAGCGAGGAUUACAAAGAAAAUGAUGCUGUCUUGUUCUUUGACGGCCACACAUUUCGCCUGGAGAGGCUUCAUAGGGCUGUCAAGCAGCUCAAACACAUGAGGCAGCCUGGCGAAUGUACUGCUACUGCUGCUGGUGGGUCGUCGGGGGACUAUCGAUUGUCUCCUCCUGUUGGGAAGGGUAUCAAACCUCCCCAAAUUGGCAAACCUGCAAUGCCUUCCUUUCCUGUCGAGGUGGAACGAAUUGAUGUCGAGAUGCCACCGAUUCCAGCUUCAAGAUAUUCUGGUAAGGGGAUCGAUGAUAACCAAAUCGAACCACCGAAGGUCGGUGAGCCAUCUAGCCCCAAGAAUAGUGACGAAGCCAAAGAACACUGUGAUAUAGAAAUAGAAGACAUAUUUGGUUCAAGUUCCCCUUACGGUGGUGAUGAUAAUGCCAUGACAACCGAAGACCACAACAUUGUUGUGGUUCCUGCUGACAACCAUGCUCCUCCGCAGCAGCAUGAGAACGACUCCGAUGAUGAGAUUGCUGAUGUAGACGACAGCGGCGAUGAAGAACACAAAGGGCGGCGCAUCAAUGCAGCAGAAGCGCUCAAAGCUCAGGUGAAUAAUGCCACCGGUGGCGAUGAUGAUAAUCGGUCGUCUAGUUCGAGAAGCAGCAGUGGUAGUGGAAGCAGUGGUAGUGGAAGUGGGAGCAAUAGCAGCAGCAGCGCCGACAGUGAAGGAAGUGAUGAUGAUGUUUCUGUCACCUCCAUUUGACGGAAGCUGGAGUUAAUAAAGAAAGCAAGGAUUUUUCGAGCUGCCAUUGUUUGCUUGUUCAUUAGCAGGUAAAAGAGCUCUUGUUUUUCUUACUUUCAUUAUGACAGAGGAUAGAAAGCGAGUCCCAGUUUUGGAGAAGACAAAGCGAAGAUGAGAUGUGGCUAAAGAUGAAGCAAUGGAUAACCUUAUAGCCUCUACACGUUUGUUUACGUCUUCUGAAAGAAAAUGGCAACUUCAAUCUAUGCUGAUAAUCAAAGUAUCUAAUUACUUGGUAUUCCUAAAUAUCAGGAUUAUGAAAUAAAUUAUAUUACACAACACAUCAUAUAAACAUGAGAUCAAUUAGUGAUGAAACUUGACUAUUAUUUUAGAGUUUAAUUUAAGAGUUCAACCCUAUAAACUUAUUGAUCCGAGCUCAAUGAGGAGCUGAGCUUUAGCUCGGCUCGUUUCUUCACUAGCCAAGCUCAAAUUUAAGCGAAACUCGGCCCAACUCGGAUCGUUAAGAAAUGAGCCGAGCUCAAACUCAUCAACUCUGCUCGACUCGGCUCAUUUGCAGGGCUAGUCCUAGCUAGCACAAUGAUUUGACAAGAAAGAGAUGAUAUAUGCAACCAAACAUUGGGAAAAAAAUGAUAAUUAAAGUGGACAAUUUUUUAUGAACUAAUGUCAUAGACUGCUUAAUUUUACCUCGCGCGCCCAUGCAUGUGUCAUCAGUCAAUGAAUUCCCAUUCAAAUUUGGCAGGCUUUCGUGUUCCACUUUUCUAUAUGUAUCACUUGGACUCGGAUACUGAAUAGUUUUGUUUUGGGAAUAAAAUAUAGUAAUAUACCUCGUACUCAACCCGGCACCAUAUCUAGUUAACAAUUAAUUCUAUAAUAAUAACAUAUUUAUAUAUAUAACACGUAUUAUCUUCAGGGGUAUACAAUAACUAGCCACUGAUAGUUCUUUUGAUUUUGAUUUUAUAAACAAAUUAUAGUUUGAUUUCGAAACUUAAUAUACUAAGAUUUUAUACCUAGAAUUAAAUUUUUUUGCAUAUAAGUUGUAAAAAAAAUUGAAGGAGAAUUGCAUUUUAGCACCUAAAAAUUUUAUCUUACAUUUUUUAUGAGAUUUCUGGUAUGCUUUAGAAAACUUAUGAUAUACUUUAUAAGUUUUCUGGUAUGUUUUAACAAACUAGUGGUAUGCUUUAUAAGCUUUUUUAUAUGCUUUUUGGUAUUAGCAGUGUGGUUUAUAAAUUUGGUUGUGUGGUGUGGUUCUUGUAUGCUUUAUGACUUUUCUUGUAUAUUUUAUGAAUUUUGCGGUGUGUUUUGUGGUGUGAUUUGUUGUAAUUUAUGUCUGGUGGUACCCGAUUAAUGUACAAGUGCCCCCAAAUUUUAAUAAUUACAAGUGUGUCCCUCACUUUAUAAAUCCACAUUAGUUAUAGUCAACCCGUUAAAUAAAAAUCAUUACAAUAAAAUAUUCUUAUUGACUGAAACUAACUAGUAUUAAUAUCGUGCUAAUGAAUUUUAUUAACACCCUAGCCUCUACUAUAUUGGCAAUUAUCUCUGUCAUGUUUGUAUUGUGGAUUUCAGCUCAUAAAAGAGGACCGUGCAU